AUGUUUCACAGGAACCCAGCCGAAUUUGCGUUUGUUGGUGAAAAUUGGUCAUUGUUUCCACAAAGGUGUUUCACCGCUGCCCAAGGUGCGCUAUGCCUCUUCCGACAUCAUACAAACAAUCGGGGGAAGCUGCGGUUUUGUGCGCCUCACUACCAUUUCAUUGACAAAACCAACUCAAUAUCGUCUACAAUGGAAAUACCCCCACUUCAACCGCAACCUCUUUCGGCACGAAGUAAAAUACUGCUCAAGAAGCUGAGAGCCACUCUCAAGUCCCGAAACCUACUUCAUCUUCUCGACUCGCUCCCGUCCCCAAUGGAUAUUUCCAUGAAGCGUACGAACCUGAGGGGCAAGAGUGCAAUCCAAGUCUGGCUUGGAUCUCGUCCGCAAUCCAACGGCACGCUAGUCCCUGUCUAUGGCAUCGUCAUCACUGAUAACAAGGACGAGAGUCCGCAUGUUCGGUUCGGUUAUGAAUCACCAGGCUUCAAGCAGCUUCAACCGCGCUCCGCUUGCUACAUGGUUCGCAAGGCUGGAGCUUUUGUCUUGCCUUUUCGAUUCCUGCAGUACGACCCCACGCCUGAGGAUACAAAGGGUGGUGGCGAUAUGCUCUGCGCUUUGGUCUGGUAUUAUGUUUUGAUCGCUGGCCAUGGCGACCACGCUCUACAUUGGCCUUUGUUUGAGAAGAGUCUGGGGCGGGCUGUUAAACAUAUAGAUGCAUAUUAUGAGUAUCAUGAAUGGAUUAACAAGCAGCCUGUCGCACCCGGCAUCGUUACAGCUGCGGGCAUCCUCAACAGGGAGGCUAAUCGCCGGGCUGCACACUCCCAUUCUCUCACUACCGGCACACACGGCACCACUAACUCAAGCUACAACCCGCGAAUCCGCGCACAAGACCUAUCUUCCACCAAGCCAAACAAGCACCUACAGCACUCCAAAUACUCCAACAUAAUCGAUCUCCGCAGCGACAUCGACAGCCAAGACAAUCCACACGCGACAAAAGUUACAAGCACACAAAUUCCUCGUCGUACACAGGGACCCACAGUGCCUGUCACCCGAACCAGCGAUAUGCAGCGCAAUGCGAUCAGUGGCAAGCGCAAAGGAAUACGCGCAGUCGAGUCUGAUACUGACGAGGAAAUGUUGGAGGUGUCCCAUGCUGAGUGGAAGAGGGCUUCUGAGCGACGAUCGGCAGCGAAGAAGAUGGAGACAGGAGAGAGGGAGUAG